GAGUGUCGCGCAGACGGACAAACAAGCGAGACAAUAAUAUCGAAACCGCGAUGCUUGGCGUCCAAGCAACCACUCGUUGAGCGCUAAACUGAUUCAUUCUGCGUGAUUCGUGUACAGUGAACAUUCUACAUUCGACCGCGAAACCGUGCGCGCGCGCGCCUUGUUUCAACCGCAAUCAUUUCGUUAUCAUUAAUAUUUCUAUAAGAUUGAUAAGAUCAUUACAUCACUGACUGAUAAGAUUCAAGGACCAAGUUACAGACGAACAGUAGAGCGCGACUGCUGCAUGCAGAAGCUGUGGUUGAAUUAAGUGUGAAAUAAUAGACUUUACUGUCGGUUAGUGUUAAUAUUGUGCUAGACUUUGUCGGAUGUCGCGGUACGUACCAUGGGGACGACGAAAAGACUGAAGAUAACAGUGGUUGGCGAUGGUAUGGUAGGCAAGACGUGCCUGCUAUACGUGUUCACUAAGGACGAAUUUCCAGAAGAAUAUGUACCCACGGUGUUCGACAAUUAUGUCGGUCACAUCACGGUGGACGGAGAAGAGGUAGAGAUCGCACUAUGGGAUACUGCUGGCCAAGAGGACUAUGAACGGUUAAGGCCACUCUCUUACACACACACAAACUGCUUCCUCGUGUGCUAUUCAGUGGGCACUCGUUCGUCAUUCGAAAACGUGAUCCACAAAUGGUACCCAGAGCUAAAACACUUCAAUGAAAAAGUACCCAUUGUAUUAGUUGCUACUAAAACUGAUCUGCGAGCAUCAGGCAACGCAGUCGUCACUACACAGGAAGGAAAGAAAUUAAAAAAGAAAAUUAGAGCGGUGCAGCUGGUGGAGUGCUCGGCGCUGGAGAGAGUCAACAUACACGAGGUCUUCGAGGAGGCCGUGCGCGCCGCUCUACGCAAAACCCCCGUGCACAAGCGCACCUGCCAGUACCUCUGACCAUCAUCUCCUCACACAUCGGGACACACUACACUUACUUCAAACUUCCACUAUUGUGCGUCACACAGUAGGAAUUUAAUGAAGCUAUUUAUAUCUACUCAUUUCGAUUCCAAAUUGAGCAUGUUGCAUCUUAUUACUCAAUUGUAAGUUAGAACUGCACGUGUCUUUGACUAGAAAUAGCUACAUACUGUAGGAAUUCACUUAAUAUCAAGUAUUAUUUUUUGUAAUAAUGAAUGUUUGCAACAUAUAAACUAUGAGAUAGUCAAAUUAGUAAUACGAUGAGAUUUUAGUUAGGUUUAGCAAUUGUAUGUGCUAUUUAUGAUGCUUUUGUACAAAUAUUAUUUUAUUUCGAUGUUAAGUUAAAUAUGAGAGAUGUAUAUUUCAUUUAAUUAAUUAAUGUAAAUAAAAAGUAGAGAAUAAUCUAAUGUAUUUUACGGAAUUAAUUGAAUACAGCCUAAUUGUUUGAUAUGAAAAUGUUACGGGAUCGUUCAAUUUUAGUGUGUCAUGUCAGUACAGAGAUUUAUUCAAGUUUGAAAUGUAUUUAGUCUCAUCAAGGAUUUAGUGUAUAUGAUAAAGAGGUACACUGCCGCACCGUAGGCCGCGCUGUACUCGCGUGGGUUUACUCGUCCUACUUGUAAUGUUUAGCUAGUGUAACAACACAUGGCAGGUGUACUUAGACACUAACCUCAGUCAUCCAGACCGAGGCUGACACUCGGCUGCCGUUACUCACCGGCUGGCUAAUAAGGAUUUUCCGGAACGCAAGUGGGGUGACGUCAGUAAUAUACAAUACGUGUAUAAAUUGUAUUAUAUUUUACUUUAAAUUGACUGAAUCAGUAUUUUUGUAGCUCAGGAAACUAAUACAAACAAAUUGUUACCCACGAUAUUGCAUGCUGUAUUAUAGCUUCUAUUACUUAUAACAGGAAAAUGUAUGGAAAUAUGUGUUUACAUUAUAGAACUUGUUGAACGUGUUUAUUUAAUGUACAACAAGUCAUUUGAAGUCUUAUCUGGUUUUCUGGUGUCAAGUAUUAUUUAAUCGACCACCGAACAGCAAGCAGACCAAAUUAUAAUUGUCUAAAACUGUUAAUGUUUACCAAAAACUCUUCGAUUGUAAGUAAAUAUACGAAAUUAAAUUAUU